GUGUAUUCAUUAUUGCUGCCUUCAUUAAUGCCAUUGAGGGGAUUCUGACAGGCGUGAAGGCACGCACAUAAAAAUUUAUUAGCGGCUGAAUCCUGACAAGAGUGCGACAGUGUGGCGUAUUGAUCUGCGCGAUCACUUUCUAGUGCGCACAGUCCACCGUAGGCGGGAGCAGCGGUGGUCAAGCCUGCUCUCUUUAGGAGGGGCCCCAGUGUGGAGGCAGCACUGUGCACUGUGGUGCAUACCGAAGCCCAGAUACAUGCCUGCAUUUCACUUGUGGCUAGCAGCUGUAUAGUUGCGUUCAGGGUCGAAUCAGGGGGAGCUUUGUGAACAGGUUCUGACUGCUGCAGGUGGCCAUAUUGUGGUGAUCAUUCCCAGUUAAAAUGUCUCAUCGGAGUGGGCAAGAGGACCCAGAGCGCUACCUGUUUGUGGACCGGGCUGUGGUUUACAACCCAGCCACACAGGCUGACUGGACGGCCAAGAAGCUAGUGUGGGUCCCCUCCGAGCGCCAUGGCUUUGAGGCGGCGGGUAUCCGAGAAGAGCGUGGCGAGGAAGUGCUAGUGGAGUUGGCAGAGAAUGGUAAAAAGGUGGUGAUCAACAAGGAUGACAUCCAGAAGAUGAACCCACCCAAGUUUAGCAAGGUGGAAGACAUGGCUGAACUCACCUGCCUGAAUGAGGCAUCUGUGCUGCACAACCUGAAGGACCGCUACUACUCCGGACUCAUAUAUACAUACUCUGGGCUUUUCUGCGUGGUCAUCAACCCCUACAAGAACCUGCCCAUCUAUUCAGAGAACAUCAUUGAGAUGUACAGAGGGAAGAAGAGGCAUGAGAUGCCUCCGCACAUUUAUGCCAUCUCUGAAUCAGCAUACCGCUGCAUGCUUCAAGAUCGUGAGGACCAAUCAAUUCUUUGCACAGGUGAAUCAGGCGCUGGCAAGACAGAGAACACGAAGAAGGUCAUCCAGUACCUGGCCCACGUUGCCUCCUCACACAAAGGACGCAAAGAUCACAGCAUUCCUCCCGAUUCUCCCAAAGCAUUCAAACUACAGGGUGAGUUGGAACGCCAGCUCCUGCAAGCCAACCCCAUCCUUGAAUCUUUUGGCAAUGCCAAGACAGUGAAAAAUGACAACUCAUCUCGCUUUGGAAAGUUCAUCAGAAUCAACUUUGACGUCACAGGCUACAUUGUUGGGGCCAAUAUUGAAACCUAUCUUCUGGAGAAGUCAAGAGCCAUUAGACAGGCCAAAGAUGAGAGGACCUUUCACAUUUUCUAUCGCCUGCUGGCAGGGGCUGGAGAGCAUCUUCGAACGGAUCUGCUCCUCGAAGGCUUUAACAACUACCGUUUCCUGUCAAAUGGUAACAUUCCCAUUCCGGGCCAGCAGGACAAGGAGAAUUUCCAGGAGACGAUGGAGGCCAUGCACAUCAUGAGUUUCUCCCAUGACGAGAUCGUCUGCAUGUUGAAGGUGGUCUCUGCAGUGCUGCAGUUUGGAAACAUUGUUUUUAAAAAGGAGAGAAACACCGAUCAAGCUUCAAUGCCUGAGAAUACAGCGGCACAGAAGCUCUGCCACCUGCUUGGAAUGAAUGUUAUGGAGUUUACCAGAGCUAUCCUCACCCCAAGGAUCAAAGUGGGGCGAGACUAUGUGCAGAAGGCACAGACCAAAGAACAGGCUGACUUUGCUGUCGAAGCCUUGGCUAAGGCGACGUAUGAGCGGCUGUUCCGCUGGCUGGUCCAUCGCAUCAACAAGGCGCUGGAUAGGACCAAACGGCAGGGGGCGUCCUUCAUUGGCAUCCUGGACAUUGCUGGCUUUGAGAUCUUUGAGCUGAACUCAUUUGAGCAGCUGUGCAUCAACUACACCAACGAGAAGCUGCAGCAGCUCUUCAACCACACCAUGUUCAUCCUGGAGCAAGAGGAGUACCAGAGGGAGGGCAUCGAAUGGAGCUUCAUCGACUUCGGCCUCGACCUGCAGCCCUGCAUCGACCUCAUCGAGAGACCGAAUAACCCCCCUGGCAUUCUCGCCCUGCUGGAUGAGGAGUGCUGGUUUCCCAAGGCCACUGACAAGACGUUUGUAGACAAAGUGCUGCAGGAGCUGGGCACACAUAGCAAGUUUCAGAAGCCACGUCAACUCAAAGACAAAGCUGACUUCUGCAUCAUCCACUAUGCAGGAAGGGUGGACUAUAAAGCUGAUGAAUGGCUUAUGAAGAACAUGGAUCCUCUGAAUGACAAUGUAGCCACGCUGUUGCACCAGUCAACUGACAAGUUUGUGGCCGAGCUCUGGAAAGACGUUGACCGGAUAGUGGGACUGGACCAGGUUGCGGGCAUGAAUGAGACAGCGUUUGGUGCUGCCUACAAGACCAAGAAGGGCAUGUUUCGCACCGUGGGUCAGCUGUACAAGGAGCAACUGUCUAAGCUCAUGGCCACACUGAGGAACACCAACCCCAACUUUGUCCGCUGCAUCAUCCCCAACCAUGAAAAAAGGGCUGGUAAACUGGACCCCCACCUGGUUCUGGACCAGCUGAGGUGUAAUGGUGUGCUUGAGGGGAUCCGUAUCUGCAGACAGGGCUUCCCCAACCGCAUCGUCUUCCAGGAGUUUAGACAAAGAUAUGAGAUCCUCACUCCUAACGCCAUUCCCAAGGGCUUCAUGGAUGGCAAGCAGGCCUGUGAGAGAAUGAUUCAAGCCCUAGAGCUGGAUGGCAACCUUUUCCGAAUUGGCCAGAGUAAGAUCUUCUUCAGGGCCGGAGUCCUCGCCCACUUAGAGGAAGAGAGGGACCUGAAAAUCACGGACAUCAUCAUUUACUUCCAGGCUGUUUGUCGAGGAUAUCUGGCACGCAAGGCCUUCGCUAAGAAACAACAGCAGCUCAGUGCGCUAAAGGUUCUCCAGAGAAACUGUGCUGCUUACUUAAAGCUGCGUCACUGGCAGUGGUGGAGACUCUUCACUAAGGUGAAGCCCCUGCUGCAGGUGACCAGGCAGGAAGAAGAGUUGCAGGCUAAGGAUGAAGAGCUGGUCAAAGUGAAGGAGAAGCAGAUGAAGGUGGAGGGAGAGCUGGUGGAGAUGGAGAGAAAACAUCAGCAGCUAAUGGAAGAGAAGAACAUCUUAGCCGAGCAGCUGCAAGCGGAGACAGAGCUGUUCGCAGAGGCCGAGGAGAUGAGAGCUCGUCUUGCUUCCAAAAAACAAGAGCUGGAGGAGAUCCUCCACGACCUGGAGUCCAGGCUGGAGGAAGAAGAAGAGCGGAGCCAAGAGCUGCAGAACGAGAAGAAAAAGAUGCAGUCCCAUAUCCAGGACCUGGAAGAACAGUUGGAUGAGGAGGAGGCUGCCAGGCAGAAGCUGCAGCUGGAGAAAGUGACGGCUGAAGCUAAAAUGAAGAAAUACGAAGAGGACAUUUUGCUGCUGGAGGACCAGAACUCCAAGUUCCUCAAGGAAAAGAAGCUGCUUGAGGACAGAAUCAAUGAGGUGACCUCGAUGCUAGCUGAAGAGGAAGAGAAGGCCAAGAACCUGGGCAAGGUCAAAAAUAAGCAGGAAAUGAUGAUGGUCGACCUGGAGGAGAGGCUGAAAAAAGAGGAGAAGACCCGACAGGAGCUAGAGAAGGCUAAGAGGAAGCUGGAUGGGGAGACGUCCGACUUCCAGGACCAGAUAUCAGAGCUGCAGUCCCAGAUAGAAGAACUUAAAAUGCAGCUGAGCAAGAAGGACGACGAGCAGCAGAUGAUGCAGGCGAGGAGCGAGGAAGAAGUCAGCCAUAAGAACAAUGCUCUGAAGCAGAUUCGGGAGCUGCAGGCGCAGUUGUCUGAGCUGCAGGAGGACCUCGAGUCCGAAAAACAGGCCAGGAACAAGGCUGAGAAACUCAAGAGGGACUUGAGUGAAGAGCUUGAGGCCCUGAAGACUGAACUGGAGGACACCCUCGACACAACUGCAGCCCAGCAGGAGCUUAGGACCAAGCGUGAACAGGAGGUUGCAGAGCUGAAGAAAGCCAUCGAGGAGGAGACUAAAAACCACGAGGCUCAGAUCCAGGAGAUGCGACAGAGGCAUGCCACAGCCCUAGAAGAGCUGUCCGAACAGCUCGAACAGUCAAAGAGGUUCAAGGCUAACCUGGAAAAGACUAAACAGAGCCAAGAGACUGCCAACAAGGAGUUGGCCAGCGAGGUCAAGAGCCUGCAGCAGGCAAAGCAAGAGUCCGAACACAAGAGGAAGAAGCUGGAGGCUCAGCUGCAAGAAUUCAUGGCCAGGGUCACUGAAGGAGAGAGGUCUAAGGGAGAACUGACUGAGCGCUCACACAAACUGCAGACUGAGUUGGACAAUGUGUCUACCAUGCUGGAAGAUGCAGAGAGGAAGGGGAUCAAGUUGGCCAAAGAUGUCGCUGGGCUAGAGAGUCAACUGCAAGACACACAGGAGCUACUCCAGGAGGAGACCCGCCAGAAACUAAACCUCAGCAGUCGAAUUCGCCAGCUGGAAGAGGAGAAAAACACUCUGCAGGAGCAGCAGGAGGAGGAUGAGGAGGCACGCAAGAAUCUGGAGAAACAGAUGUUUACCUUACAGGCUCAGCUGUCAGAGAGCAAGAAGAAGCUUGAAGAUGAUGUUGGAACAAUUGAAGGUCUGGAGGAGACAAAGAAGAAGCUGCAGAAGGACCUGGAACUGGCCAACCAGCGUCUGGAGGAGAAGACGAUCGCUUUUGAAAAAAUGGAGAAGACCAAGACUCGUCUGCAGCAGGAGCUAGAUGAUCUAACUGUGGACUUGGACCACCAGAGACAGAUCGUCUCCAACCUGGAGAAGAAACAGAAGAAGUUUGACCAGAUGCUGGCUGAGGAGAAGAGCAUCUCGGCUCGUUACGCUGAGGAGCGUGACCGUGCUGAAGCUGAGGCCAGAGAGAAGGAGACCAAAGCUUUGUCCAUGGCCAGAGCCCUGGACGAGGCACUGGAAGCCAAAGAGGAGCUAGAGAGGGUUAACAAGCAGCUCCGCGCUGAAAUGGAGGAUCUGAUGAGCUCAAAGGACGACGUGGGCAAGAAUGUCCAUGAGCUGGAGAAGUCGAAGCGCACGCUGGAGCAGCAGCUGGAGGAGAUGAAGACUCAGCUGGAGGAGCUGGAGGACGAGCUGCAGGCCACAGAGGACGCCAAGCUGCGCCUGGAGGUCAACAUGCAAGCCAUGAAGGCCCAGUAUGAGAGAGACCUGCAGGGCCGGGACGACCAGAAUGAUGAGAAGAAGAGAGCACUGGUCAAGCAGGUGCGAGAGAUGGAGGCGGAGUUGGAGGAUGAGAGGAAGCAGAGAGCUUUGGCUGUGGCUGCUAGAAAGAAGCUGGAGAUGGACCUGAAGGAUAUAGAGGGUCACAUAGAAGGAGCCAACAAGGCUCGAGAUGAAGCCAUCAAACAACUGCGCAAGUUACAGGCCCAAAUGAAAGACUACCAGAGGGAGCUGGAAGACACUCGAGCUUCCAGAGACGAUAUUUUUGCCCUAUCCAAGGAAAACGAGAAGAAGCUCAAGAGCCUGGAGGCAGAGAUUGUACAGCUACAUGAGGACUUAGCAGCGUCUGAGAGGGGACGACGCCACGCGGAGCAGGAGCGCGAUGAGCUGCAAGAUGAAAUCUCAAACAGCACCUCUGGGAAGGCUGCUCUGAUGGAUGAGAAGAGAAGGCUGGAGGCUCGCAUCGCCCAGCUGGAGGAGGAGCUGGAAGAGGAGCAGGGCAACAUGGAGCUACUCAAUGACCGCUUCAGAAAGACAACCAUGCAGGUGGACACUCUGACUACAGAGCUGAGCGCAGAGCGCAGCACAGCCCAGAAAAGCGAAAAUGCUCGCCAGCAACUGGAGCGUCAAAACAAGGAGCUGCGGGCCAAGCUGGGCGAGCUGGAGGGUUCUGUGAAGAACAGGUUCAAGGCCUCCAUCACUGCCCUGGAGGCCAAAAUAGCACAGCUGGAGGAACAGAUGGAGCAGGAGGCAAGGGAGCGAGCGGCAGCCAACAAGAUCGUCAGAAGGACCGAGAAGAAGCUAAAAGAAGUCUGCAUGCAGGUGGAGGAUGAGCGUCGCCAUGCCGACCAGUUUAAAGAGCAAGUGGAAAAGGCCAACUCUCGUAUGAAGCAGCUGAAGCGGCAGCUGGAGGAGGCUGAAGAGGAGGCCACGAGGGCCAACGCUUCACGUAGGAAGCUGCAGAGAGAGCUGGAUGAUGCCACCGAGGCCAGCGAGGGCCUGAGCCGUGAGGUCCACACUCUCAAGAACCGCCUCAGGCGUGGUGGCCCCAUCACCUUCUCCUCCAGUCGCUCAGGCAGACGUCCGCUGCAGGUCGAGGGAACUUCUUCUUUGGACCUCCUGUCCGACGAUGAGCUGGAAAACAAGAUCACUGACAACAAUGCCAAUGAGACCCCAGCGCCACAAACGGAGUAGAAGAAAAACCUUUGCCCUCCCUCAGUCAGCCCUAACAGACACAGCGGGACUCUCACAGCUUAAACAGGGACCCUCUUCUCAUCCCUCUGGCCACUUUAGCACAUAAAGUCCAAAACAUCCCCAGUUUGAGUAGAUUUCCCUCUUCAAACCACAGGCAGCAUGACCUAAGCCAUCCUGACUUUCCUUUUCAACCUUAGCAGACACCAGCAGUUGGACCCCCGAUGCUCUCACCACCGCCCCACUAAAGACUGUAAGAAACGCCUUACAACUCCAGCUCUGUGCUCAGCUCCUCUAGUUCCCACAAAAGUUAGAAAUAAGUUCCCUUUUUGAUCGAGGUCAGCUCAUAUUUCAGUGAGCACACACACGUGUCUGUCUGGGUGAUGAUUUUCUUCUGCUGGACCACCGUUUAGCUGUUCAGAAUGCUUCCAAAUGCUAAAAUGAUAGCACUGCAAUAUUUGAAAGGAGCACAUCAUAAUGAAAACAGAUGCUAUUUUUUUCACCUCUCUACAAUACAUGCACCAUGUGACUCAGUUUAGUUAUAUUAGUUAUGAACUGGAACUGAUAUUGUUUGCUUUUCCAGUCCUAUGCUAGGAUUGCUUGCUUGCGUAUGAGUAUAAAAUGUGAGUGUAAGCUGCUUCGUUGCAUUGGUUUCUCUUACAUUCGACAGUAGGUCAGUGUUGACUUGUAAUUAUUUGGCGUGAGCGCUAAAUCGCACUCAUGUCCUCUCGCUUCAUUCUUCUUCUUCUUCUGUGCCUUUUUCGCUCUCUUUAAACUCUAAACCCAUUUAUGCCGCAUAUACUGUUCAUAUAUUGAAACAUGCUUAAUUUCAUGAAGGUAUUUUCAUAAAGCAAAAAUCAUAAAUUUACAUUUGUAACGGAUUAUAUUAGUGGAAACCUGAUUUUCUUUGGCGUGUACGUCCUCCUGCAGCGUGUAUGUUGCCACGAUGAUUGAUAUGUCAGCCGUGUGGGGUUCUUUGUAGAUGGGUGCUAUGACUUUUCUUAUCAGUAACUUUUAUACUUUUUGAGUUAUUAAGAGUUAAAAACAAUCCAAUAGACAUCAACUGUAUUUAUAUCUCUGCUAUUGUAUACGAGACAAACUCCAUUCAUAUUUCAAAAUGCUCAGUAUUGCACAUUGCUCAACUGUACCUUUGCUCAUGACACGUACAGUUUAUGAGUCUUUAGAAGUUCUAUAAUGCAUUAAAGUCUAUGGAGCCCAAUACUCUCCUGGUUUCCUCAGCA